AUGCCGGCAUGGAGCGCGCCCAACCGCGCGGGCGGUGGCGGCUAUGGUGGCAGUGGCUCGGGUUCGGCGUCCUCGGGGAACUCGCACGAGUGGAAGAAGGACCCGUCCGGCCGCUGGCACUACAUCGGGCCCGGCAAUGCGCAGGGCAAUCGGGGACACGACGCCUCCGUGCAGCAGCAAUCGCGUACCUGGCAGUGCUCGCACUGCCACUCCACCAACCACUCGCCGAAGACCUGCUCCGUGUGCGGCCUCCGGCGCAGCUAUGCUGCUGUCGCUGCUUCGGCCGAUCCGGCGGCGUCCGCGCCUCCGCCGAAGCCGUCUACCCGCGCCCAGCUCGACCAGAUCACCCAGUCGCUCCAGUCGACGCUGGCCGAUGUCCAGGCGCGUGUCGCGGCUCCCAGGGCGGGUGCGCCUGCUGCCCCCCCGGAUGCCGCGGCCCCGGCUUCCGCCCCGACGCGGCCCGAGCUUGUCAAGAGGCUCAAGCGCUACGAGGCCGCCCUCGAGAUCUACAAGGACGACACGGCCGACCCAGAGCAUGCGCGACUCACGCAGCAGAUCUCCGAUGUGAAGGCCGAGAUCUCUGCCCUCAAGCCGCUUGGUGCGAAGCUGGAUGGUGCCCGCCAGGCCCUCCAGCGUGCGUCGGCGCGGCGCGAGGAGGCCGACAAGGCCUUGGCUGCUGCCACGCUCCUCCGCGAUACCGCCGAGGCGGAGGAGGCUUCGGCGAAGGAGGCGGUUGCUGCCCUGGAGUCCCAGGUCUCGCCCCUCGACAACACGGAUCUCAUGACGUCGAUUCAGGCGCAGUUGCAUCAGCUGAUCGGCGCGCUCAAGUCCGACCCCGGCGUCCAUGCCACGCACAUCGCGAAUGCGGAGAAGCACGUCCACGACCUCUUUGCCGGCUUCCAGUCGGUUUUUCAGCAUGCGAAGGACUGCCACGCCCACCAGGAGAAGGUUGCGGGCCUUGCGGAGGGCCGCCCGCCCUACCGCCACGUUGGGAAGCAUCCGCUCCCGACGUCGCUGCCCGAGCCCUCUGUCCCCUCGCACCGGGUCCGGCAGAAUGGCAAACAGCCUCCCAAGGAGGUCCCGGACGAUGUCUUCCGGCGUCCUCGCACUCGCCAGGCGCCUCGCCGCUCCCGGAGCCGCGGCCAGAGCGCGGUCGCUUCAGCGAACGUCAAGACGUUGGAUCCUGCUGGUGUUCGUCGCGCCAAGAAGCUUGGCCUGAACACUAGUAGCAAGAUGGAGUACCUGGACGGUGCUCUCGCCGCCGCUGGCUACAACAUCAUUGGCGUGCAAGAGUCUUGUGUGGGUGGCGACGUCACCCGGGAGCAAACCCAGUACGUCGUCUACACUUCUGGCGCCACGCCAGAGGGACACUUCGGAGUUGAAUCUUGGAUGGCGCGCUCCCUCGUUCUGGGUGCCCGUGUGCAGCCUCAGGCCAUCUCUCCCCGACUAUUGGUGGUGAGGCUUGAUAGUUCACAGUGUUCUUUCACACAUGCGGUUGCCCACGCACCUGUUCAACAAGCUUCUGAUGCCGACAGGUCGGCCUUCUGGGACUCCCUCAAGGCCGCCUUGCAUGCCAUUCCGCCUGCACGCAUGGUGUUUCUCUCCAUCGAUGGUAACGCCACGCUCGGCUCCAUCCCGUCUUCGGCCAUCCCGUUUCCAGACGGUACGGCCGAGAACAACAACGGCAGGUGUUUGCGGGAAGCCACGGAGGAGGCCGUGUUGGUCCUGUCCUCAAUGGCCACACCCGAGGUCCUCCCAACGUGGUUCGGAGGUCUCGUGCAGCACGAGGGCCGUCGUAACGACUACGUGGCCGCUUCCAUGGACGUUGCUGACUACUUCGUCCAGGCGGGCGUCGACCACAGCGUGCAUCUCAGCGGCAAGAACUCGAUCGACCACUUGCUCACUUACGCCGAGUUCCUUGUGCCCUGCCCUGCAAGGGGGGGGAAGCAGUGCCACCAUCCGGCUUCAGCCCGGCUGAGCCGUUCUUUGAUAGCCGACCCUGAGCGCCAGCUUCGUUUCCAGCGGUACCUCUGGGAACGUCUUGCUCGUGUUCUCGCUGGCCCAGCGGACCCCGAAGCUCUCCACGACCGGGUCGUGGCCCUCAUGCGCGACGCCCAAGACACCUGCUUCUCCGUCACUGACGCCAGUGGCAACCUUCUGACCGACGACUUGGGCAUCGACCAGCGGUGGACUGAGCACUGGUGCCAGCACCUCGCUGGCAGCACCCUCCCGUUCUCCGAGUUGUUGGUUGCCGACUCCGCCGAAUCUGUUGCACCUGACGUUCCGCGUGCACCGCCGUUGUCGCUCGACUACGUCGAGUCCCUCCUUCGGGUUUCCAAGGGGCGCAAGGCCACUGGGCCUGAUGGUGUGGGCCCUGCUGUAUGGAAGGCAGGCGGUGAGCCGGCCGCAUUGCUCAUGCAGGCUGUCCUCAACUCCACCCGCGCGCAUUGCAAGGCCCCCACUCUCAUGAAGGGCGGCCGCAUGCAGGAUCUGUGGAAACGCAAGGGCGAGCGCACCGACACUGCGAACAGUCGCGGUCUCCUCAUCCAGACCCACGCGGGCAAGGUGCACGGGGCCACGCUGAAGGACGCAAUAGAACCUCACUGCCCCCGCGCCGUCGCCGACACGCAGUGCGGUGCCAUCGCAGGCCGCGGGACGGCUGCCGCCGGGCUCACUGCCGAGCUGCACGCCGACAUGUGCCGCUCCCGUCGGCAAUGCUUCGUCCGUCUCUUCGUCGACCUGACCGCUGCCUUUGACACGAUUUGUCGAGAGUUGGCGAUGGUUCAACCUACUGACGACCCUGAUCGUGUUCGUGCCGCGCUGAGUGGUGCGGACUUCCCCAUGGCCGUGCAGGAGCAGGUGACCGAAUUUAUCCAGACGCAUGGUAAUCUUCUGCGCGCCGCCGGUGUUCCUGCUGACGCGGCUGCCCUGGUCGCCGACAUGCACGCGAACACGUGGCUCACCGUGCAGAAGGGCGUGAUGAAACCGGACGCCAUGGUCGUUCGCACCACCAAGGGCGCGAGGCAGGGUUGCAAGAUUGGGGCUUUAAUUUUCAACGUGAUUUACGAGUAUGCUCUGAAGAAGGUCCGACAGCGGGCUCGCGAUGCUGGUCUCGUACUUCUCGUCGAUGCUGCUGCAGGCCAGUGCCCUUGGCGCAUCUCUCCUGAAGCCCUCCCAGCGAGUCCGACCGCUGCGCCCUACCCGGGCGUUUCUGCGGACCUCUUCGACAUCGCAUUCGUGGAUGACGUCCUCUUCAUGUUGAUGUGUGCCAGCCCUGCUCUGGCCUCCAUGCAGGCCAGCAUGCUGCUGGAGAUCGUCAUCGACGCAUUCGCCGAGUGCGGCCUCCAGUGCGACCUGAAGGAGGGCAAAACGGAAGUCUUCUUGCACCUGGUAGGCAAAGAAUCUCGCCGAGUACGCUCCUCCCUGUAUGACCCCGAGCUCAAGCGUCACAUGCUGCGCACGCCGGACGCCUCCCGAGCAGUGGUUGUGACGAACCGCUACAAGCACGCGGGCACAGUCCGCACAGUGAACGGCUCCUACGUCGCCGAUGCGCGUGCUAAGGCCACUUCCUGUUUGCAGGCCUAUUACCCUCUGGCGCACCGCGUCUACGGCAACUACGACAUAGAUCUGCGCACGAGGCUCUCCCUCGCAGAUUCGCUCUGCUUCUCGAAGCUGUGGUUCGGCACCGAGACAUGGCUGAACCCUUCUCCCGACGCCGUUCGGCAUCUUCACAGCGCUCGCAUGCGCGUGCUUCGUCAGGUGGCCAACCGCUGCCGGUUCAAGCGGUCCGGACACGGCUCGGGCCGGGAGGUGCUAAGGGAGUUGCACGUGUUGCCCACGGACCUGAUCCUCUUGCAGAAGCGAUUAGUGGCUGCUGCUACCACUUACGCGCGUGGCCCCGCUAUUUUACGUGCGCUCCGGCUGCAGCCGGGCACGAAUGCUUCGGCAGCUCUGGCCGACGAUCUGAGUUGGGCGUGGCAG